AUGUUUCUUGAGGCAAUUUCAGCUGUUUCGGGUUCGGGUUUAGGAACCCUUUCGAAUUCGAAUACCAUUUUGAGCCCAUCAUCUUCUAAUUUGAAUUCUUCAUCUGUAUUGAAUCUUGUUUUGCCAAAAAAGCGUGAAAAUGGGUUCGCAGUUUAUGCUGAAAAGGCUAGUGUGCCACUCACAGGUGUGGUUUUUCAGCCAUUUGAAGAGGUUAAGAAAGAUGAUCUUAUGGUCCCAAUAGCUCCUCAGCUUUCACUUGCCCGCCAGAGGUUUUCCGAAGAGUGUGAGGCUGCAAUUAAUGAGCAAAUCAAUGUGGAGUAUAAUGUGUCGUAUGUGUAUCACUCAAUCUACGCAUACUUUGACAGGGACAAUGUCGCUCUUAAGGGCCUUGCCAAAUUCUUUAAGGAGUCCAGUGAAGAAGAAAGAGAACACGCCGAGAAACUAAUGCAAUACCAGAACAUACGAGGAGGAAGGGUGAAAUUACAUACCAUAAUAAUGCCCCCUGCAGAGUUUGAUCAUAUUGAGAAGGGCGAUGCACUAUAUGCAAUGGAACUUGCUUUGUCCUUGGAGAAGUUAACUAACGAGAAACUUCUGAACCUACACAGUGUGGCUGAUCGAAACAAUGAUCCCCAGAUGGCAGAUUUUAUAGAGAGUGAAUUUUUGGAAGAGCAGGUUGAAGCUAUUAAGAAAAUUGCAGAAUACAUCACUCAAUUAAGGAUGGUUGGGAAAGGACACGGAGUAUGGCACUUCGACCAGAAGCUCCUCCACAAUGGCAACGGUGCAGUAUGA